CCUUAUGCAACCUCCCUGAUUCUUCAUCCCACCCCAAUAAAAAAUAAUUAAGAAUUAAAGGAAUAGGGCAAGGGAAAAAAUAGAAAGGAAGAAAAAACAACAACAAAUAAAUAAAACGAGAAAGAAGACAACAUCAUCAACAAAAAACCACCCCCUUCACUGCCUCGCUGCGGAUUAUUGCAGAUCGUCAACUGCACCUCUCAGUUGAAAACCAGACUUUCACACCUCCCAACUCAUACGUCUUACCCUUACUCCUUUCAAUCAAUUACCUGAUCGAAUCCGUCCCGACUUUUUCUGACGCUACAAGUCUCGCCCGCAACGUCUGUUCGCGCGGAUCCCCACUUGACUUGGCCUGCCUGGUCUACCUGGUCGAUGCUUGGGGGGCCGGCCCAUUCAUCUAAGCCUAUCUAGCUUCUCCCUACUUUCUGACCUACAUACAUACAUACAUACCUACAUAACAUUACCACUUUUUUAUUUUUAUUUUCCCUUUCCCGACUCUUUCAAAAGCACUUGUCCACAUUAUCAGCACUGUACGCUAGUAGUGUAGGCACACAUCUGCCACGCCACGCCAUUCCGAAAACCCACUUUGGUUGGGUACCAGGACAGCUCCGCCCUUCCUGAUCUAGUGACUGGAUUCACUUAUCAGGCCCGUAAGCCCACGGCAUGGCGAAGAACUCGGCUCCUUCUGUUGCAUACUUUGAAGAGGCGGACGACGACGGUCAAACCAUUCCUGGAAUUGCACCUAAAUACGCCCGUUCUACCGCCAACAGCCCCUCAAAAGAAAAGCCUAACACUAGUAGAACACGCAAAGAUUCUAGUUGUCGAGAAUUAUCACCUACUAGUUCUUUUUCAGACUCCGACACGACCGAGCCCCCCGUGAGGAGAAACUCCAAAAUCAAGAUGAAGGAAGAAAAGAAACGUGGGCCUCUUGUCAAGCAGCGUCCUGCCCCUCGUUCGCACAAGACUGCUCCAGUACCCUCGUCACGGCUUUCCGACGAGGCGUCUUAUUACGGAGUCCCCCAGCAGACCGUCGCAUCAGCGUCGUCUGCUAGACCUCGCGCUCGUACGAGACCAGAGUCCUACUACGGCCAACGACCACCUCUCUCGACAUCGGCAUACGCUCAUCAACCACCACAUCCUUCUCAGCAACUUCCUCCGUCGUUUCCUCCUACUCCUCUAUGGAUUCCCGGACCUCCCCCUCCCAUGGGACACCACGCAUUAGUACACCAGCCAAUUCCCUCUCCAAGCACAUAUGGGUCUCCCUCUACGCCAUAUGGAGACAUGCCUCCCCCGCCGGGCAGAGAUCUAGCCGCACGGUUUCGUCGUCCUUCAUCGGCUAUGGGCUUCCAGCACGCCCCGAAACCUCUCGACUACGAACCCUCAAAAGAGAAGGCUCUCACACGAAGAACUUCAGUCUCGAGAAAAGCUAGCAAAGACCACGAAGAUAGCCGGAGGAUGCCACCUCCUCCUCGACCGGCUUCUACACAGCCAAACCGACUAGUUUUCCGCCCACCACCGCCAUCUCACACCGCCUCACAUUCGGCUACAAGAAGGAAGUCUGUUGGGUUUGAUGCUCACGAUCUGGCCGGGGAACCUGGAAUGUACAAAGCCGUGGCUCGUCGCGAAGUCGAAUAUGGCUCUGGAGCACUACCUGGUGCACUACCAUCCCGACCGCGGACUCAGAGCUAUGAUGCCGAAUCCCUUUACGACGAUGAUGACCCAUACGAACUCGAAACAGCAACACGUGGUCGGCGAGGUUCCUUCUACAAUUUCGAAGAGAAAGUCCGCGAUGCCUCCCGAUAUCAAGAAGAUGUUGCUGGUGGGCCAGGUCCGCAACUGACGGCCGCCGCUCUUCAACGUGUUAAGAAUGAGGGUAGCAGCCAUUCAACCCGUAGCAGCGCCAGUCGCGAUGAAAGUGAUUACAAACAAUCAGCCACGACACGGACUACAAGAUCCAGCAAUGAAGAUGACGACAUUACGAUUAAGCUUCCCAUGGGUGCCGUCAUUGAAGUUGGAAACACCAAGAUUCAUUGUAGAGACGGUGGCGAUAUCAAUAUUGGGCGUGGCGGGCCUACUCGUGGUGGAGGCAGUGACCACGCCGCUUCUGCCUCCAACUACAGUGAUGAACGGAAUGACCGGAAGAGCCGAGCGGAUCGGGCUGAGCGAGCAACAACGCGAACUCGGGCUACAUCGCGGGCCGGUUCAUACUCCCGGACACGCCCAUCGCCUCCCGCCCUCUAUGCACCAGAUUCUACAGCGUAUUCCACUUACGAUGACUAUUACGACGGACGUUACGCGCCCCAGAUGGGCAUGGGCUACUAUGAUAGUCAUUAUGAUAGUCGUCACUACGAGGAGGAUGACAGCGAGUACUCUGAUUAGAGGUGCUGCUAGCUUAUGCUUUUUUUUGGCUUUUGAUUUACGAUGAUUUAUUGGGUAGCGAUUUCUUAUUUAUUGCCAUUUACGUUUGGAUAUUGUAGUAUGUCAUGCAAUAUUGCACCUUUUUUUAUCCCUGUUAUAUCCCUGCGUUAU